AUGUACGAAGAAGCAAAAGGAUUUGACAAUAUACUGUGUUCUGACAGGCUAGAUCAGACUGAUGACAAGCUAAAUAGUGAUAAUGUGGAAAAUAAUAUCUUUAAAGACCAGAGCUUCACUGAUGGAUAUCUAGUAUUAGGCAAUAAAAAGAACAAACCAAUAAGCGGCUUUAAGAAGAAGUCUAAGUAGGUACCUGGAAGAUCAGGAGAUGGGUAGUAUGGGAGAUGACCCUGAGAAGUCCACCAGAUUUAAACCUUCAAGCUUUAAAGCAAGUAAAAUGUAUAAGGAAGACUACAAAAAUGAAGAUACUAUGCCUGACGAUCAUGUCCUAGCCACCAAUAACAUUCUCAGAAUAGAGAAGACGCGACCGGAGCUGAGCAGUGAGGAGGAAGUAGUUAACCCCAAGAACCAUGUUAAACAAAGAUCUCGAUACUUGUUUAAGACACAUAAGGAUCAAACUUUGAUUGAUUAUGCCAGCCGGAAGAUGAACUCUAAAACCCAGACAUUCCGCCAUAAAACGAAUCAUCAACAAAAACCUACAAGCAAGCUAAAGAGCUGCUAUAGGAAGCUGAGAUGAAAGAAAUUUAUUCAAGGAAAUGACAUUAUAUUCUCAUCAGGAUCAGAUGACUCUGAUGGAGAGGAUAUGGAAGGAUUCACUGAAAAACAAAGAAUAGAACAUAUAGAAUCCCUAUGGAAGUAUCAGAUCAAUCUUCUAUUAACCGCACACAAGACAAUUACUGUUUAUAAAUAAAUCAAAUCUAACAACAGCGUUUGAGGGUGAUUUUACGAACCUAACAAAGCCUCAAGAAGAGCUUAUAUUCGGAGUUACCGAAGACAUUGAGUAUAAAGAGAGAGAAGAGUAUACUGCGAAGCCCAGGUUCUUUAUCUUACUACCAACACAGAGGUUCUACAUAAUUUGGAAUAUGAUCAUUAUAGGUCUUUUGUGUUAUAUUGCUACCUUUCUGCCGUAUAGGAUUGCAUUCAUUGAAGAUUCAAAUGCCAUUGGAUGGACCAUUUGGGACUAUUUCUCUGACUUUUUGUUCUUCUUAGAUGUGGUAUUCAGCUGUAUCACUGCAUAUGAGAGGAAGGACGGAAUCUUAGAAGUCAGGACUCGCCAGAUCAUUCUAAAUUAUGCUAAAGGAUGGCUUACCAUUGAUGUAAUAGCUUGUAUACCUUUCACAUUGAUCGGAAUUCUUGUGGGGUGGAACCUAGGAGGCUCCACAGGGAAGUUACUCAGGCUGGCAAGGCUCCCUAGACUUUAUAAGAUGAUAAGGAUCCUUAAAGUCUUUAAUUUCAUUCAAGUGAUUCAGACUAAUAGUAAAAUCAAGGCGUUCUUGGAUUUCCUCAAAAGAUAUUCAGGGAUCUUGAGGCUUAUGAAGACAGUCGUGUAUUCCUUCCUUGUUAUCCAUCUUAUCAGUUGUUUAUGGUAUGGCAUUGCCAAGGCGCAAGGGAGUAAUCCUGAUACUUGGCUUGCUAGAGGAGGUUAUCAAGAUAAAUCUGAAUUCUAUCUGUAUCUUCUAUGUGUAUAUUGGGCCCUCCAAACCUUGACCACCGUUGGGUUCGGAGAUAUCACUGCUAAAACUGAGGUAGAACUGUAUGUUACGAUUUUUUGGAUGAUCUUCGGUGUGAUCUUUUAUUCAAUCACAGUGAGUAACUUGGCAUCAAUUAUUUCAAGUCUUGAUGUAGCUGAGUCAAGAACUCAGGCAUAUCUAAGCAAUUUGAAUGAGUUCUCUAUUGAUCUACCAGAUGGCACACAUACCAAGAUCAGACAAUUUAUUGAAGUGAAUUCUAAGAAUUCUGAUAACUCUGAAUACCAGGAUUUACUUUUAAACGACCUUCCUUCUAGCUUGCGAUCUGAAGUGAUCGCCCAUACACAUGGAGAGGUUAUUAGAAAAAUUUUGUUCUUUAGAGAUAAGGACAUUAGCUUUAUGUGGAAAAUAGUGCCCAUGCUGAAACCUUUGAAAGCAAUGGCAGGGCUUGUUAUCUAUAAUCAGCAAGAGAAAGGGAAAGAAAUGUAUUUUAUACUAAAAGGGAGAAUCAAGCUUUGGUAUAACCUCUCAACUAGAUACUUGAGUCCUCCUUCAAUGAAAGGAUUUAAUCAGUAUGUAGAAGGAUCUUACUUUGGUGAUUGUGAUAUCUUCACAGGGAUUCAUGAUUCCACAGCUAUGCCUGCUACAGAAGUCAAUCUCCUCGUUCUUUCCAGAGUUGAUGUCAAGAGACUUAUUGAGAAAAUCCCAAAAGAUAUGGAGAGAUUUACAAAACUAGCAAAAGAAAGAAUUUAUACUCAUCAAGAGAACAUCAUCCGGUCUCUUCAGAAAGACAAGAAAGCUUAUAUAGAACUACAGAAAUCUCAGAGAGGAGAAAUCGACCCGAAAUCGCCCGCCCAGUUCAUCGUGAAGAACCUUAGAGCUCAUCUUGAGACAAAGGGUGAAAAGUCGACCUUCGAGGAUCGACUUUACAGGAGCAUCAAGAACUCCCCGGUUGCAGAGAUUGAUAGCGAAGAUGAGAUCGUGCCUUUAGAGUCUGAGAUCAAUCAAGCUCUUUCAGAGACUAUGUCCAAAAGCGCAACCUCUCAGAGCUCUUCUAGCUCUGAGGCAUCUAGCAACAGUGUGGACUCAGAAGAGCUAGCUGAUAAAAUCGAGGAGACCAAGAGCAUAAAUUCUAAAAUACUGGCUAAGAAAGAAACUCAAAGCCUCAGCCAAGCCCCUACUGGGUUUAAUAAACCUGGUAGAAACAAGGAUCGGAGAACUUCGGAUGUGUUCGAGGACAUGCUGCAGAACAGGAUGGUUGCAUUCUUGAACGAUCUUAAAGAAAAGAAGAAAAAACAGCAAGAUGAAAAGACUCGAAAGUUGAAAGAACUUGAGAAAGUCAAGACUAAUCCAGGUAUGUCGAAUUACCAGCUUCCUCCAUCCACGAUAGACGAAAAACAUAAAAAGCUCUUGAAGAAUUAUGGUACUAUUAAGGAAAUUGUAGACCUUGUGAAGGAAGAGAAUGUGGCUCUCUCCCAAGCAAUCUCAGAGCUCUAUAACCAUAAUAAAUUCAUUAGAGAUAAGACUAUUGAGAAUGAGGAGAAGAUCAAGAGACUCCUCAACAAAAUCUAAAUUCUGUAAGGAGUCAUUCUAGAAUGAUAAAAUUGAUAAAAUUCUAU